AUGAACCUCCUGGCGACCAUUGGGCUUGCAAUUCUGUUGCUCACCUUCAUUGCCCUUAAGAUCCGAAAAGACUUGCCCUCAUGGCUUGCCACCGCCAAACGCAUUGUCCAGCGUACCGACUGCGAUGACAUUAAGAGAAUGGCACCAUACCCAGCCCAGCCCAUUAAGGGGAGGGAUAGGUACCGGGUCAUGAUGGAUAUCCGCAAACUAGAUGUGGAGAACUGGCUCACCUUAGACAAGAACUAUAUGGACGAGCAUGUUGUCAGAGGCGAAUUACUGGCAAAUGAGAAAGAAAAGGUCCUCCAAUGUCUACCAGAGUCAUAUGAAGCUUGCCUUGAGGCGUUGGAGGAAGUGGUCGAGUUUUUGACCCAACGAUUUGCCAACAUGUUCGAUAUGAAGAAGAACGGUGAGGAAACGACGGUUUACAACAAAGUGACGGGCGAAACAUUCGUUUUCGGUGGAGACAGGUCGGGUCAGAUGGACCCUCUCGAGAUUGCCGUGAGGCUGACAAUGGAGGACCUGAGCAUUCUGAUGAAGAAUGCGGACGGGGAGUAUUACCUGUUAGUACCCAAAAUUCUGCACAAGAACCACCAGGCUAACUUGAUAUAUAGGGCCGCAAGUGCAAGCCUAUUUCCCGUAGGAUGGACAGUGGCAGAACGAAUUGGAUGGACGAUCUCCCAGCUGCACAACCCAGUUCCUUUAUGGCACCAGCAGGUAUCUAACUCUGUCAGCAAGUUUCUGUGUCGUCUGACCCCUGAGUCCCCUAUGGAACGUUCCAACUAUUUCGUUGAAGUAAAGCGGCCAGAUGAGAAACUGUUUGAUAUUCUGUACCGGCCUACCACUUUAUCUGAAGACAAUCCGGACCCAUCUCCGCGAGAUCUCGUCAUCCGCCGUGAACGGCAGACUUUCCGUAGGCUUCCUCGGACUGGUACAAUUGUGUUCGGGGUCAAGACCUUCUUGACCACGCUGGAUGAGCUCCCGAUGCAGGAGCUUGAGAACUUGGUCAGAGAAGUGAAGAGUUGGCCGGAACACGUGGGUGAAUACAAGGGCAGAGAAAUCUGGGGAGCGAAGGCUCUCGAAUUCUGUGAGAAGAAGCGUCAGCAGCAGAACGAAUCCGAAAAAAUGGAUGUUUAG